AAGGCCUGGAUGGGCCAUUACCCUCACUAGUGUUCAACUCAGCCUAUGAGAGAUUACUGGCACAAGCAGAUACCUGUAAACGCUGCUGCAAGUUCUGUAUCAUUGAGGCUGAAAGUCUGCACUGUAAAAAAUGACUUUUUAUGAUGGCCAGUAUCCCUUUUAUUCUCAUGAAAGAAGACAAUGGGUCUUUAAUGUCCAGUGCAUCAUUAUCAUCAUUGUCUUUCUGGUUUUUGCCCUGUCCUUUAUCGUCAUUUUUCCUGGAAUUAGAGGUAGAGGGAGAAUAUCGUGGGCGUGCAGAAUCAUAACAAGCUUAUUUAUUGGAGCUGUAAUUGUUGCUGUUAACUUUACCUCAGAUUGGGAGGUGGGAUCGGUGAGUGCAACAACUACAUAUAAAUCCUUCAGUAAUUCUGUUGUAAAUGCUGAUAUUGGACUACACGUCGGGCUUAAUGGCAUUAAUAUUACUCUGAAAGGAAAUCCUAUUCAUCAAAUUAAUGAAACAAUAAACUACAAUGAGGAGUUUGUUUGGCGUUUUGGGUCAGAUUACAUUGAAUAUUAUAAUGAUGGACUUAAAAAAGGGCUCCCAAACCCCAUUUUGUAUGUGGCUGAAAAAUUUACUCAGUAUAACCCAUGUGGGAUGUUCGCCCAGUACAGAAUAUCUGGUCAUUAUGCAUCAGCUUGCAUGUGGGUGGCAUUUUGCUCUUGGGUAAUCAGCAAUAUCCUCUUUUCCAUGCCGUCUUUCAUAUAUGGAGCUUAUAUGACAUUUGUGACAUCAGCUUUUAUUAUCUUCUCACUAAUUUCCUUCUCCACUGUUAAAAAUGUCUCAUUUUGUAAUAUUCAAUUUGGAACUGAUGUUCUGCAAACAGAAUUUGGUGCUUCUUUUUGGCUGACUCUUGCAACAGGUCUUCUCUGCUUUUUCAUUGGGAUAACAUUUAUUGUGCUGGAUCGGUGUGUCCCUGAAAAACUGAAGGCUUUUUUUAACACUAUUGAGGAUGAUGAAGAAGAAUACUACCAAGAACUUUAUGUUAAUGAAUAUUGUCGUCACCCAGAUGUAUGAGUUCCUGAAUGAACUGUGGACUUUUCUAGGUAUUUAUGUCAGCUUUUUAACUGAUUGUUCAGACAAAAUGAGCUUGGCAUAAAACAAUAGCAUUUCUAAACACAAAAUUGACAGCACUAAAUAUUGCAUUUUACUUGACUGAGGAGGAUGAAGAGGAAUGUUUCACAGAACUUAUUUGCACAGCAUAAGUAAUGCUUCAAAAGAUCUUUACCCAGAUAUGAGAGAUCACAUAGGAACUUGUGUGACCAUCUGAUAAAUAUUUUUGGUUGAACUGCUAUGAUCUAAUGAAUGGACAGCAAUAUUAUUCAUAAUCAAAGCAGCAUUGCCAACAUUUCACAUCUACAGGUUGGGUUACUGCAGGUGAGCUGCAGACUGGACACCUCUGAGUUACAAUGAGUUAAGAACCACAUAACUUUAAUGUAAAUGUAUAUGUAUUUUAUAGGAAUCGGUUCAUAUUGUUUACAUGUGAAUUAAUGUUAACUUAAAAUAAAAUAAACUUUAAAAAAUG